CGAAGUUGAAAGAACGAAGAAAUCCUGCAGCCAGAAUCUACUUCCAUCUGGCUAUCGCCCAUUGCAGCCCAGCUAUACUGCAUAUACAUACAGCCGUAACAGCCACAAGAGGGGAGUCCUCCCUCCCUCGCAGAUCCUUUCGCCCACUCACUCUGGAUCAUCACAAGCCAUGGGCAGGAAACUCAGCGUGGAUCAGUUCGAUCAGGCAAUUCCCGGAGGGAAGGCAACCGACUGGGUGGGGCUUAAAUCUCUCCUCCGUCGUGCCUUGCACGAGAGUGGCUUUUUGCAGCUGAACAUGACGACCCCGGGACUGCGCCAGCAGCUGCGCGAUGAACUGGUCGACCGCAUUCACGCGAUGCCCCGGUUCGUGCGGAGGGCCUACCGCGACGAUGCCGACCGCUGCCUGGAGUACUUGAUGCUGUAUGCCUACAAGGUCAAAAACGCAUACACCCAGGAGAUAAACCGAGCCCAGCGGAGGCAGGCGUUACGCUCGGAGGCCGCGACGGAGACUUCGACCGCCCGCCGAAGAAGGCGACGACGACGACAGAACAAGCGACAAAGAAGAGAUCGGAGUAGAAGGCGGGCGGGGUCCGUGUCAUCCUUAUCGGACUCAGAGACUGAUGCCGAUUCAUCACAAUUCGAUAUUCCCAUUGCCCGACGUCGAAGAUCCCAGAACCAGAACAAGCGCCGGAGAAGAGAACGGAGUAGGAGACGAACGGGGUCCGUGUCAUCCUUAUCAGACUCGGAGACUGAUGCCUAUUCAUCAGACUUCGAUGUUUCCAUGGCCCGACGUGGACGACCCCAGAACAAGCGUCGCAGAGGGGAACAGAGCACCAGAAAAGCGGUGCCGGCCUCAUACCCCCAGGCUUCAGGCAUCGAGUCCAUUCAUUCGACAAAUUCGGAUACUUCCAUCACCCCACGAAGAGGCCGGCAGAACAAGCGUCGAAGAGGGGAGCGGAGCACCAAAAGAGCCUUGUCAGUAUCAUCUUCUUCCGAUACAGGGCUUGAUGCCGAUUUGUCAGACUUCGACACCCCAAGGGCCCGACAUAGAAGAUUCCAGAACCGGACCAAGCGCCGGAGGAGACAGCCGACACCAAGAAGAGCGGUGACCGUGUCAUGCUCAGUGGAUUCGGAGGGUGAUGCCAGCGCCGCCGUUCAGGAUAUCGCUACAAGGCGACCACAAACGCGGUCGCAGAUGACGCCGCAACAAGAGAAAGAAGGAAAGGAAGCAGAGCCAGAGCAAGAGCAGCAGGAGCGUCAGCAACAGCACCCGAGCCAGCCCUCAAAUAGUCCCAAUCCGCGAAACCAGACCUCUGAUGCGACCCGCGAAUGGAAGAUCAUUGUCUGGGAUUUCAACUCGGUGUCUCACUCCGAUCUGGUCAAGUAUCUCCGAGAGCAUGAGAAGUAUGACCCGGGCUCGGAUGGUAUCCAGUGGGCGGAUCCCGCUGGAACGAUAUCAGUUCCGGUCUCCAACGAACGGACCUGGAAGAUGGCCUUAAAUAAGAUGGGUAAGCUCCGCGGGCCGAGUUGGCUUAAAGUGGUCCGGAAUCCUCCUUCCGCUGCGGAGAUUUUCCCAUCGUCUCAACCAGCACCACCUCCCAACCCUGCCCCACGCUCUGCUUCCUACUUGUCGGGUAAUUCAAUCGACCAGGUUGAUUCGCUCUUUUUGGCUGACAUUCCCUGGCGGCCUGCCUCACCAUCAUUUGAGGAAACCCCCUCGCCAGCGGCUCACCCACGGGUCAAAUCUGCUUCCUCGUCGGCGCAACCUCCCUCACCACCUCGAAUCCCCUCGCCGACCCAGCUCGAUCCAUGGGCUGGCCGGACUCGGCGAAGGGCGGCAGUGACAGCUACCCGUGGCACUGUGGGGAUAUAAGGCGAGCCAGUCUGGGUCACCGGAUGCCCCCGAGUGCGGAGGGCGGGAAGGAAAAAUGUUGCUGUGCGUAGGCUGAAAGACGUUACGUUGUUGAUUCCAGAUAACAGGCGGAACAGAGGAGGCAUCGUGUGUCGCCGGUGGGUUGGUUACUCAGGUUGACCAGUCUGAAUUGACUUGGGGUUUGGUUUCCUCUCGAUCGUCCUUCCACGAUUGACUUUCAACGGAUUUCGGGUGAUUCUCGCAAAUACUUGGGAUUUUCUGUGAUUGUAGAUAAAAGGGAUAGCAUCUCCACUGUUAACAAGUAUGACCCCGUGCUUGCAAACCCUCUGAAACAGAUUACGCAUUAACCAAUGCGAGAAAGAAGGAUGACCGGAAAUAGGUAUGUAGUGC